ACCGUAUACAAAACAGCUGAUCAGUUUAGUCAUUACAAAACAAAUGUCGGAGAUUCAGUUCCAUCCAUCCUCAGUAUCUUAAAACGAAAAAAGAAACAAUUUCGAGGUUCCAUGGAUCUUCUCCAGUCCGAAGGAGAGGGUGGGGACGGAGAACCACCUGGAAACAAAUUUGAUUCUUGCGGAGCAAUGGAUCUAUCCUCAUCUUGUUCAUCCAGUCUCCACGGAGAGGAGGAGAAGGACGAACUAUCCCUGGAGGAUGAUUACAACAGGGAGAAGAUCGAGGAAGAAAAUCCUUCAAGAAAAAGGAAGAACGAGGAGAAGGGAGAAACCUCUAACCCUAAACCUAGGAACAAGAGGAAGAAUAUCAAGGGCGUGAUGUCGGAUGUCGAUCUGAUGGUUGAAACUAAAACUGCUCAGGAAGAAGAGCAGGAGAGAUUAGCUAGACUUGCGGCCCAUCAAAAACAACGUUUAAUGGAGGGGUUUCGGGAUGCAUUUGACCGGACGAUAAAAAACGAGGAAAUCAUCAGCUCGGACUCCUCCGAGGACGAAGGAAAGAAAGAUUUAGUCACAGUUGCUAGCUCCGAUUCCGACGAGUGCCAAAUCGUCUCCGACGAAGCGGACGAUGAUGACGACGAGGAUCCAAACAACAGCGGUAUGCACGUCAACGAUGCUUCCAACAUCCAUGACGCCGAUGGACGGGUUCUCGUAAAUCCUGGACAUCCAGCCUCAGAUGAUGAUAUAUUUUUGGCUUCUCAGAUAUCAGCUUGUAUUAAACCUCAUCAGAUCGGAGGACUGAGGUUCCUAUAUGAUAAUAUUAUCGAAUCUCCGUCCCGUGUUUCAAACUCUCCAGGGUUCGGUUGCAUCUUAGCUCACAAUAUGGGACUUGGAAAAACGAUGCAGAUAGUUUCUUUUGUCGACCUAUUUCUUGGUGUAACAGAUGCUAAGAAGGUUCUGUGUAUAGUUCCAAUAAACACAAUUCAGAACUGGGUUGCUGAGUUCAAUUACUGGCUCCCAGCAAAGGGUACUUAUUCUAAAAUAAGUGAGAAAUGUAGUUCAAUAAAACACAGAACGUUUCCUAUCUACGCACUUAACGAUUCUCUGAAGAACUUGACCCAGCGCUCCGCCGUUAUUGCCUCCUGGCAUCGUGAUGGCGGAGUGCUUCUCAUGGGUUACGAAUUGUACCGCCAGUUAGCAAACCAGCGGCCUCGACGGCGGAAGGUUAAAGGAGGAACGGAUUGUAUAGAUCUGGAAGAAGAGGAUAGAAAUAAACUAACUCUAGAUGAUAUAAAGCGUGCUUUAAUAAAUCCUGGCCCUGAUCUUGUUGUAUGUGACGAGGGGCACAGGAUCAAGAACUCUCAUGCAUCCAUCUCACAAGCUCUUAAGAUAAUCAAAACCCGGAGAAGGAUUGUACUAACAGGUUAUCCGCUGCAAAAUAACCUGAUGGAGUACUGGUGUAUGGUAGACUUUGUUCGUCCUAAUUUUCUUGGAAACAAGACGGAGUUCUCCAAUAUGUUUGAGCGUCCGAUACAGAACGGACAGUGCAUUGAUUCUACACCAAAAGAUGUUCGUCUGAUGAAGCACCGAGCUCAUGUGCUUCAUGAGCAACUGAAAGGAUUCAUUCAAAGGAGAGGUCACGUGGUUCUCAAGAACUCUCUUCCCAUGAAGAGAGAACACGUUCUGUUUAUACGGCUGACUGAGAUACAGAGGAGGCUCUACAAGCGGUUUAUGGAGGAGCUCAUUACAAACAGAUGUGUUUCUAACCCCCUGAAAGCCUUUGCUGUUUGCUGCAAGAUCUGGAAUCACCCAGACGUAUUGUACAAUUUCCUAAAGAAGAAGGAAGAACUUGAUAUUGACUUUGACCCGGAGGAGAUCGUGAUGAAGGGGAAGGGGGCGAAGGGGGAGUUUGAGAUGAGUUUACUCGUGGACGGGAAAAAGGAGGAGAUAAACUAUGAUUGGGCCCAGGGUAUGUUGAGUGGUUACCAGGCUGAGAAGGUUGAGUUCAGUAAUAAACUCCAGGUUUUCCUCGCUAUUUUAGAGGAGUCUGUAAAGUACGGAGAUAGACUUCUUCUCUUCUCUCAAUCUCUGUGUACUCUCAAUCUGUUAGAAAAUUUUCUCCAGAAGAGAACCGUACCGAACUCCCAGGAGCAUUGGAAGAACGGUGCAAACUACUACAGAUUGGAUGGAAGUACGAAUGCCCUGGAGAGAGAACGAUUGAUAAAUUCGUUCAACAUAGACCAAAGAUUAAAAUUAUUCCUCGUCUCAACACGAGCUGGUAGCUUGGGAGUAAACCUUGUCGGAGCUAACAGGGUUGUAAUCUUUGAUGCGUCCUGGAAUCCAUGUCAUGACACUCAAGCAGUCUGCAGGGUUUAUAGGUAUGGACAAACAAAGGAGACUCACGUUUACAGACUUGUCACCGACAACUCCCUGGAGAAAAAGAUCUAUGACAGACAAAUCAACAAGCAGGGAAUGUCUGACAGGAUUGUUGACGAGAUGAACCCUGACGCUCAUCUCAGCUCCAAGGAGGUUCACAGCCUUAUCUGUGACGAGGAUGAAGAUCCUGUUAUCGAGGAUAUGACACAGCAUCUUCAAGGUUUCCAAGAUCCUGUGAUGAAACAAAUAAUUUCCAAGUUCGGACACAUGCUCACUAAACUGCCUUUUUCUCACGAAUCCCUUCUAGUUGAUCGACAAGAUAACAAACUGUCCAAGCACGAGAAGAAAUUAGCUGAGAGAGCCUACAAAAUGGAGAAAACCUCGAAAAUAUCCUAUAGCAGACCAAGCUAUGCGGCAUUCUAUCCCAAACAAGGAUCAUUUGCAACCAAUCUUCAUAAUCCGGGUGCAAACGGAUUUACCCGUAACCGUUAUUACGAGAACGGAAAGAGGCUCGACUCCUGGAUAUCUCCGUACGGUGGUAUUCCUGACGCAAGACCAGUUGCUAGUGUCCGGCCUGUUCCUUUAGACCCGGAUUUUGGAAGCUCUGUAAAUCAAUUUUCACCACACCAACUUUCAGAAUUCGAAAAUAUUCCAAAUUCGAACCCAACCAUUGAAAAAGACCGUAAUGGUUCUCUGUCCUCCACGCUUAAUGAACCUUCUCCAAGUACCUCUUCAUCAGACAGUGUUCAAACUCCAACCAGUAAAAACAUUACACAAGGGAGAAUGCAUUUAAAUAUGGAGGAACCUCGACGUAAAACAAUUAACGCAAACUCUGCCAUGGAAGCCUUAUCCCGGCAAGGGUUUGGGAUGGAGCAAGUCAAGGUUCCACGAGAUCUUAUUAUUCCAACCAAUCCCUCCGAAUCCCCCAUUCAUCUUAAAGCCGGAGAAAACAUCACAGUGAUCCGAACCCCUAAGGGUGUUUAUCUUAAGGUUGGAGAAAAAAUAAUCAAGAUAAGACAGCAAGGUGCAGUCAACAGUCUAUAUGGAGGUUUAGCUGCUCCCACCCUUCCUCCUUCUAGCACGGAGAAAUCUCCCCCUGAUUUAAUUGUUGAAUCUAACAGCGGAUAGUUCUUUCUCUUAUACUACAUCCGUCUUUCUCUAGAUUCAAUCUUAAAUUUAAUGUUUUAUUAUUUUUUUCUACGUAUUGUUUAUUAAAUUUAGUAAUGAAUAUAUGUUUAGGAAAUUUAACCGAGAAUAUGUAAUUAUAUUUUUGCCUGACUGAGUUCUGAAUUCAUAAAAGUAAGAUUGAAAAAGAAAAAUAAGAGAAUUAAUAUUUUCAGCUUUGCAGCGCUGUGCUAUGCUGAAAGUAUACCUCAUUUGAUGAUGACAACCUUCACACAAUUUUAUCCUAUACUAAAUAUUUUGUACUUCAGGCCUACUACUCAACCAAAACCGCCACAUUACCAACCUUUCCUUUUUUUUAAUUUUCAUUUUUUUGAAAUCCUGAACUAGUUAUAUUGUAAGAAACCUCAUACCUAGUCUUGAUUGCAAUCUUUGUCAAUGUUACAAUACAUAUGUAAAAUUAGUUUUUUACGUCACAGAUAAUAUAACAGUAAACAUUUACAAUCCACUUCUCCUUACUUCUAUUCUCAAAUUCAAUUAUGUAUUGAGAAAGGUUGAUGUUCUGUGAGGGGUGUCUAUUUUAAGAAUCACAAACCCCCUCCUAUUUUUACGAAUUUUCUUUGAUGAUCUGGGGGAAAUCAAAAUUUGGAUGGAGUUUUUUUUUUCUUUUUGGUACUUUUUUAACUAGUGGGAGAAAAAUUAUUUUCACCCACAAGUUAUACAACUGUGUGUUAUGUACUGAGGUGGAAGAGCUAAAAGAACACCCUAUUAUAUGUAAUAUUUUCAAAAACUUUUAUUCUUAGUUUUGUAUAAAUGUAUGUAACUCAGAAAAUUUUAUAUUAAAUUCGUUUAUUAAACAUUAAACUUCUGCAAAUAUAGACUGUUCUAAAUAGA